CAAAAAAAAGCUUUGGCUGCAAGAAUAAAACUGUGGAAUUCCGCCUAUAUUAUUUAUUUUAUCUUUUGAAGCAAGUCACGAGCUUCAAGCCUUGAAGAGUUCUGUUGAUCCAAAAAAAGAAAAAAGCUUUCUUUUUGGGUUCAUUUUCACAAGGAGGAAUGGCAAAGGGUUACUUCAAGCAAGAGCAUGAUCUUGAGAAGAGGAAGGCAGAGGCUGCUAGGAUCAGGGAGAAAUACCCUGAUAGAAUCCCGGUGAUUGUGGAGAAGGCAGAGAGCAGUGAUAUACCAAACAUAGACAAGAAAAAGUACCUUGUCCCAGCUGACUUGACUGUUGGACAAUUUGUAUAUGUAAUACGUAAAAGGAUCAAACUGAGUGCAGAAAAAGCAAUAUUCAUAUUUGUGGACAAUGUCCUCCCACCAACUGGUGCCAUUAUGUCUGCCCUAUACGAGGAGAAGAAGGAUGAAGAUGGAUUUCUCUAUGUUACUUACAGUGGGGAGAACACAUUUGGGCAUCAGAGUUCUCAGUAGCCUUUGGUAGAUUCAUUGGGACGUUGCCUUUUAUCUUUUCCUCGUUUCACCGAACCCCUAUAUUAUCUCAGGCAUCACCAUUUCCAUUGCCUUGUGAUGGUAAUUUGGUUAUUGCUAGUAUUUAAAGACCUGCUGAUGAUAUGGUGUACGGUUGCAUAUUGUAUAUAAUAUGAUAUUACUUUUAAGAUUUCGCACAUUGUUAAAGUUCCAUCUGAUCAUCUUUAUAUCUAUCAUUGUUGGCACUGUGUUUGAAGCAAAUUUUAUUUUGAGCCACCCUACUAGGAGCAUGGGGCUCUGUAUGUGGCUUUACGCUGCGUAAUGGGCUGUCAAACUGUUAUUUAAUCUUUAAUGAGCUUGCGUGUUGUA